AUGGUCAAGUCGAUGGAUUUAAUGGACGGGCAACCAGGGACUAAAAGUGUGACCAAAUGUUGGUUUAGGGAUGGAAAAGGUUAUGCAUAUGAAGAGGUAGCAGAAGUCUCACCUGGUCAUCGAUUCAUUGCAUACACCAUGUAUGACAAAGACAGCAAUUUCUUCAAAUUAUGUGUUAGAGAUUUGAAUUUAGGUUCUCUCUGUAGUAAGCCACAAGCUGAUUGGGUCUGUAAUGUGGCAUGGGCUAAAGGGGGUCAAGGCAUAUCUUCCCAAGCUGCUUGUUUCAAGAAAGCGAGAGAUGAUCUAUACAAGGUUAAAGCAUGGGUUUUCUCUCCACAAGUCAAAGUUAUUAAGUCUGACAUUCGUGAGGAAGAUGUGUUGAAGGAGAAAGAUGCUUUUGAGGAUCUUAAGAAGCUGGCAGCCAAGUCGCUAACUGAGACAGUUAAUCAGUUGAUUGACACUGUUAAUCAGGUGAAGGAGGAUGAAAAUGCCGAACAGGCGACCCGACCAUCAAGAGUCACUGAUGCGGGACAAAAUCGGUCUGGUGCACCUCUUAAAGCUGCAGACAAUGUUAUUAUCUCACAGCAUCAGCAUGCAGCAGCCUCUCAAAUUCAGGCAAGAGAAACCAAUAUACAUGCACUCUCAUUGAGCUUACCCGAUAAAAAGGAAGCAAUAUUGAAGGAGCUUAAGCUUGUAAAUGACAGCUUAUCAAGUCACAAAAACGAGACAGGUGUCCCCAUGAAUGUAUCCGAAAGCUUCAAAAAGGAAUAUGCAAUGGUACUAUUACAGCUCAAAGAAGCUAGUGAUCAGGUUGCUUCUGCUCUUGCAAAUUUGAGGCGACGCAACACAUACCCAGGAAUCCUGAUGCCUACAUGGCAAAAGCCUAAUCCCGAUUCCGGGCCUGUUGUGGACCCCACGACUUCUAAUCAUGAAAACAACUUUCCUUCCAAUAACAAUAAUCAAUUGGCAUCUAAUGUGAUUGGGAUUUUGAAAAGUUCAAGAAAUGAAGCACAUAAACUUGUACAUACUGCUUUACAGCUCAAAGACACCUUGUUGGCUGGUAAUGGGACGGGUCAAACCAGGAAAGUUGCAAGGGUUCAAGCUCUGCAAUUGCUAAAGCAACCAGAGAAAAGAGGGAUUUUGAGGACGAAUAAUCGACUUCCUCUGCAUUGUCCUUCCUAUUACUUUGGUUUGUACAGAGGUGAUCAAACUUCUCAUUUUGCUCCGGAAGACCUAGAAGUGCUCCGGCCUCCAGAUCUUCCAUCAUUGCUUCUAGAUGCUCGUAUUUGUUUCCUAGGAAUGCCUAUAAGAAAUAGCAAUAUUGUUUCUGAACUGAACUGA